AUGACGACAAUCGUGGAGAGGACACCUUCCGGCAUCAUCUACAAGAGUCCGCAGCAGCGAGACUUCCCCCAGCUUGACUUGUUGUCUCUCCUCUUUGACUCACCAGCAUGCGGAGCGAAGGAAGAUACAGUGAUCCAUGCCGACGCUGCGGAUCCCAGCAAGGCGAUCACUAAAGCCCAGCUUCGGACUUUAGUCAAGCGCCUGGCUUAUACUCUUCGUCAACGGUACGGCAUUGGUCAAGACGGGCCGGAGAAAGACGUGGUGUUGUGUAUCUCUUCGGGCCACUUCUUGUUACCGUGUUUGUUCUAUUCGACCCUCGCAGCUGGUGGCAUCUUUUCAUCAUCUAGUCCGUCAUCCACCGCUAGCGAGUUCGCUGGGCAGGCUAAGCAGAUCGGCGCAAAGCUCAUCAUGUGCAAUGAAGACACCAAGGAUAUUGCUGCAGCUGCGGCCAAACUGGCCAAGAUUCCAGGCUCUCGAGUUCUUGUUCUGAAAUCACAGCCGCACCUUGAACUCGCCGACUUGGACCAAUCGACACCGAUUCCCAUCUCGACCAAGACCCUGGAUUGGCAACUUAUUACGGACACAGCAGCCCUCGAAAACAGCAUCGCCUGUGUUCUCUUCUCGAGCGGGACCACUGGUCUACCCAAGAUGUGUAGGCUCUCGCAUACCAACCUGGGGACGGGAUAUCGCGAAGGACUACCGGUCCAUUGCCCACUUGCCGGCGGCACCAUUGCGGGUGUCCAGGGUUACUUUGUCAACAGCUUCUACCUGGGCGGAACCUUGUACUGGAUGCCUCGAUUUGACUUUGUCAAGUUUCUCGAGUACAACAAGAAGUACAAGAUCACAACCUUCUUCUCAGUACCACCCAUUUACUUGGCCAUUGCCAAAAGCCCUCUGGUGACAGAUCAGUUUGACUCGCUUGAGACAGCUGUGACGGGGGCAGCCCCCAUGGGAAAGGAGCUUCAACUAGCAGCUCAGAAGAAGCUUGGGAAGGGCAAGGCGCAACUUAGUCAAACGUGGGGCUUGAGCGAAACCACGGGCUCAAUGACAGCAAUGCCACGUGGGAUUGACGAUGAAACGGGGAGUGUGUCAAUGUUGGUGAUGAAUGGCCAGGCACGCAUUGUUGACGAUGACGGCAAGGAUGUGGAACCAGGACAAGCUGGCGAGCUUUGGGUCAGGGGACCGAAUGUGACGAAGGGGUAUUAUAAGAACGAUGGCGCCAACAAAGAGGCCUUUGUGGAUGGGUGGUUCUGCACUGGCGAUAUCGGGCUCUUUAAGGACGGCAAGUUUUAUAUUGUCGAUCGGAAGAAGGAACUCAUCAAGUACAAGGCGCUCCAGGUGGCCCCGGCCGAGCUUGAGGCGCUGUUGGUCAGUCAUCCCAGGAUUGCCGAUGCGGCAGUGAUUGGUGUGGAAGGAGAAGGCACUGAAGUGCCUCGCGCGUAUGUCGUAGCUGGCGAUGCGAAUCUCAAGGCCGAGGAGAUCAUGGACUGGGUUGCCAGCAAAGUAGCCAACCACAAGAAGCUUCGAGGAGGAGUGGUGUUUAUUGAUGCCAUACCCAAGAGCCCGAGUGGGAAGAUUUUGCGCAAAGACUUGCGGGAGUUGGCCAAGAGGCAGGACAAGGGGAGCAAGCUUUGA